CCAAUAUUGUUUGAUGAAAUCGGGGAGGACCAGAUCAAAUCUUUGAAAAGUUCUAUAUUCUCAGCCUGCAGAUUCUCUUACUACGGUCUAGUUUAGAUUGUUUUGCUUACAAACAUUCAGACCUAAGAUAUUUCGAUCCAUUUGACUGGGUAGAGAUGGGGUUGUCUUUUACCAAGCUUUUCAGUCGGUUGUUUGCGAAGAAAGAGAUGCGUAUUUUGAUGGUAGGUCUCGAUGCUGCUGGUAAGACUACAAUUCUUUACAAGCUCAAGCUUGGGGAGAUUGUUACCACCAUUCCUACUAUUGGGUUUAAUGUGGAGACUGUGGAAUACAAGAACAUUAGCUUUACAGUUUGGGAUGUUGGUGGCCAGGAUAAGAUCCGACCAUUGUGGAGACACUACUUUCAGAAUACACAAGGGCUUAUCUUUGUUGUUGACAGUAAUGACCGUGAUCGUGUGGGGGAAGCAAGGGAUGAGCUGCACAGAAUGUUGAACGAGGAUGAAUUGAGGGACGCAGUACUGCUUGUAUUUGCUAACAAGCAGGAUCUUCCAAAUGCAAUGAAUGCUGCUGAAAUAACUGAUAAGCUUGGCCUUCACUCACUCCGCCAACGCCAUUGGUACAUCCAGAGCACAUGUGCAACAUCUGGUGAAGGAUUGUAUGAAGGAUUGGACUGGCUAUCAAACAACAUUGCUAGCAAGUCGUAAGAGUUGAAUUAUUAUCGAAUUAUCCUUAAGUUUGUGGAAUAAAACUGCUGGAAGGAAGAAAGUAUCGGGUUUGGUUCGUAUUUAGUGUCUUGUUUCAAACCCGAUGAAUCUGUUGAAAACUUAUGACAAUGAUAUUGUUUUUUUUUUGUUUCUCAAAUAGAAAAAAAUGAAGAGAAUCUAUCACCUUAUAUUCUUUUGGUUUUCAUAUUGCUGAUCCCCUUUGAUGAUGCCAUAUGAUGUCACUUGUAUAGAUAAUGAACCAAACAAACUUAAUGCAAGACAGUUAUCAAGACUA